AUGGAAUGGAGGAAUCAGAGUGGACGUGUGAGUGAGUUUGUGCUUCUGGGUUUCCCUGCACCAGCCCCUGUGAGGGCACUGCUGUUUGCACUGUCUUUGCUGGCCUACCUGUUAGUGCUGACUGAAAACUCACUCAUUAUUAUAGCCGUGAGAAGCCACAGUACUCUCCACAAACCCAUGUACUUUUUCUUGGCCAAUAUGUCUUUCCUUGAGAAUUGGUAUGUCACAGUCACCAUCCCCAAGAUGCUGGCUGGCUUUGCUGCGGUGGAGUCAGGAGCUGGACAGCGCAUCUCUUUCUCAGGCUGCAUGACACAGCUCUACUUCUUUCUGGGCCUCGGUUGCACUGAGUGCGUGCUCUUGGCUGUCAUGGCCUAUGAUCGCUAUGUGGCUAUCUGUCACCCGCUCCGCUACCCUGUCAUUGUUAGUGGUAGGCUCUGUGUCCAUUUGGCAGCUGGCUGCUGGGCUGGAGGCUUUGGCAUUUCCAUGGUAAAAGUCUUUCUCAUUUCUCGCCUUUCCUACUGUGGCCCUAACAUCAUUAAUCACUUCUUCUGUGAUGUCUCACCACUACUUAACCUCUCCUGCACAGACAUGUCCACAGCUGAGCUCACUGAUUUUGUUCUGGCCAUUUUCAUCCUGCUGGGUCCACUCUCUGUCACUGGGGCCUCCUACGUAGCCAUUGCAGGUGCUGUGGUGCGCAUUCCCUCAGCUACUGGCCGCCAAAAGGCUUUCUCCACCUGUGCCUCCCAUCUCACUGUGGUGAUCAUUUUCUAUGCAGCCAGCAUCUUCAUUUAUGCCCGACCCAAGGCAUUGUCAGCUUUUGAUACCAACAAGCUGGUCUCUGUGCUCUAUGCUGUCAUUGUGCCUUUGCUCAAUCCCAUUAUUUACUGUCUACGUAACCGGGAGGUCAAGCUGGCUCUGAGCCAGACCUUGCACCUUCACCGCAACUGGGAAGAUAGUCCUAGAAAAUCUGGUAGGGAUAGGUGA